AUGGCCUCUGCACGCGGACGCGCCACUACCGGGCCCGACCUCAACAGGAACAAUGUACGUCUCUCCCCACACGUCCCCGACCUCGCCCAUCGCGCGAGCUGGCCGGCGUCCCCACCACACAUCGGCGUGACGUGGACGCGCACGUACGCGUUCGUGCGCUGGGCGCGGGCGGCGCGCUUCUCGAACCCGCUCGUCACGCUCUGCCUCCGUGACGGUGUGCCCUAUCUCCCCCUCCUCUCGCUAUCCCCGUGGCUGACUCGUGGGGCGCGUGCGGGUGGCGAGCUCUGCGUCAACCGGAGCUCCGUGCACGCCUCCACGUCCACGUCCACGUCUAGCACAUCCGUGGACGCCCGCGACGACUGGUACACCAUCGUCCCUAUCGCCCCGAUACUCGUCUCGCGGUUCCUCCUCCACCUCCGGCGGGUCUCCGAGCGGUGGUGCGAUUCAGACUCGGACGCGGACGCGGUAGCAAGCGCACGUUGGUCGGCGGGCAAGGAUCGGUCGUUACCGUUGGAGCCAGGGGCGCGUUCGGGCGAUGCGGGCCCCGCGGACAGCGUGGCGUUCUCGUCGCGGCUGGUGGGGAACAUGGGUGCGGGCUGGUGUUCGCUUCGUUCGUAG